GUUCCACCAUUUCCACGAAUUCCUUAAAAGAUAAGAACCAACAUAUAAUCUCCAAUACCCCGGUCCAAUAAACACAAAGCUCGAUUCUGUUGAUGAUUGUAACUUUCAGAGAAUGAAAUCCCUCCAUAGCCAUGUCAUAUUCUUUCUGUUCUACCCUUUUCUCUCUCUAGCUAUUGACACCAUCACACCCACACAACCUCUCAUCACCAAUCAAACUCUAGUCUCUAAUGGUGAAGUUUUCGAGUUGGGUUUCUUCAAUACAAGCAAUUAUCUGUAUAUAGGCAUUUGGUACAAGCAAAUUGAGCCGAGAACAAUUGUAUGGGUAGCUAAUAGAGACACCCCCAUUACUUCAUCGUCCGGGAGCCUAACCAUCGUCAACAACAGCAACCUGGUGCUUGUAAAUCAAACGGGAGCUGUCGUCUGGUCCUCAAAUCAAUCUACGCAGGUGGUGAACACGGUGGUGCAGCUUUUAGACAACGGUAACUUUGUGCUUCGUCCAGAAAACGAUGAGAAUCCGGAGAAUUACAUUUGGCAAAGCUUUGAUUAUCCGACUGAUACUCUAUUGCCGGAGAUGAAACUGGGGUGGGAUAGGAAAUCUGGAAUUAAUCGGGUUUUGCAGUCGUGGAAGACAAACAACGAUCCGACGACCGGUGAUUAUACUUUUAAAAUGAAUAUCAUUGGGUUCCCGGAGCUUUUAACAGUGAAGAAUGAAACAAUAAUUUGGCGAACUGGGCCAUGGAACGGGAUGAGAUUUAGUGGUGUACCAGCGAUGAAAGGGGUGAGUAUGAUGCAGUUUGAACUUGAGGAGAAUUCCGACGAGAUUAGUUAUUCAUUUGAAAUGCUGGAUAGUUCUAUUUAUUCACGAUUGGUUAUUAAUUCUUCUGGUAUUAAUCAAAGAUUCGUCUGGGCUAAAACAACAAAUACCUGGAGUGUGUUCUGGUCUUUCCCCGAUGAUUUAUGCGAUCAGUUUGGUGAAUGUGGUUCGUUCGGCAUUUGUGAUGCAACCACUGCACCGAUCUGCAAUUGUACGACAGGAUUCCGGCCGAAAAACCAGCAAGCAUGGGAUCUACGAGAUGGGUUGGAUGGGUGUUUUCGGAGCUCAGACUUGGAUUGCGGGUCGGAUGGAUUUCUGCCAAUGAAUAAUAUGAAAUUGCCAGAGAGUUCGAACGUGUUUGUAGAUCAGACGAUGAAUUUGAGCGAGUGUGGUGCGAUAUGCAAGAAGAAUUGUUCCUGUGCUGCGUAUGCUAGUAUGAAUAUCACUGAAGGCGGGUCGGGUUGUGUGAUUUGGGUUGGGGAUCUUAUGGAUAUGAGGCAGUAUGCUGAUUCUGAAAAUGGAGGGCAAGAUCUUUACGUUAGAGUUGCAGCUUCUGAUUUAGUUCAAUCAAUGGGCGUCGGAAGUUCCAAAAAUGGCUCCGGCAAUGGCAACCACGUUGGCAAAAUUGUCGGCAUCACUGCCAGUACUUGUGUGGUGCUCACAUUUCUACUUAUUCUCGUCUACUUGAAGAAGAAGAAAACAAGAAAUUUGAAAAAGUCAAUUAAUAGAACAGGUCCUCAAGAAAGAACCGAAGAAUUCUUGGUAAAUGAUGGGACAAUUGUACCAAGUAGAAGAGAUUAUUAUAGUGAAACGUCAAUGGAUGAACUUGAAUUACCCUUGUUUGAUUUUACGACACUCGCUAAGGCAACAAACAACUUCUCGGAUAAAAAUAAACUUGGGCAAGGAGGGUUCGGGUGUGUUUACAAGGGUACAUUAACAGAAGGUGAAGUUGUAGCUGUAAAAAGGCUCUCAAGAAUUUGUGAGCAAGGGAUAGAGGAACUUAAAAAUGAGGUCCGAUUAAUUGCAAAACUCCAACAUCGAAACCUAGUUCGGGUAUUAGGUUGUUGUAUUGAGGUUGAAGAGAAGUUGUUGAUUUAUGAGUACAUGGACAACAAAAGUCUUGAUAUGUUUCUUUUUGACAAAGAGAAAAAUAUGAUACUCAAUUGGAAAAUCCGACUCGAUAUUAUACGUGGGAUUGCUCGUGGGCUUCUUUAUCUUCAUCAAGAUUCAAGAUUUAAAAUCAUUCAUCGAGAUAUGAAAGCAAGUAAUAUUUUGCUUGAUAAGGACAUGAACCCAAAGAUAUCAGAUUUUGGUAUCGCAAGGAUUUUUGGGAGUGAUCAAACCGAAGCAGAAACAAAGAUAGUGGUUGGAACGUAUGGUUAUAUGUCACCUGAAUAUGCGAUGGAGGGUCACUUCUCCACAAAAUCUGAUGUUUUUAGUUUCGGGGUCCUGAUCUUGGAGAUAGUGAGCGGUAAAAGAAACAGAGGCUCGUCCAACACAAAUAACCAACUUAACCUGCUUGGACAAGCAUGGAAGUUAUGGAACGAAGACAACUCUUUAGAACUACUAGACGAAUCUAUCAAGGUCAAAUUUUCAGAAAAUGAAGUAUUAAGGUGCAUACAAAUUGGACUAUUAUGUGUUCAAGAACAAUCAGAAGAUAGGCCUGAUAUGGCAAAGGUGGUGUUGUUAUUGAGCAGUGAAACAGUACGAAUGCCUCGACCAAAACAUCCCGGAUUCUUUAUUAGAAAAUUAAACAACGAAAGCGAGUCUUCGAGAAAAGAUGAUGAUUCAGUGUCCAUAAAUGGGAUCACAAUAUCAAUACUAGAUGGUAGAUAGAGAAACUACGAUAGUUACCAUCUAGCAUCAAUUAUCUAUCAUAUUUUCCUUUCUUCUUUGGUCCUUAA